CUUGUCACGAGUCUUGUUCCUCAUGCUGGGGUGCUGCUGAGAACAAUUGUUUGUCCUGCAAAGACACAUCACGCAUGCUAAAAGCAGGGCUCUGUGUGGCCAGCUGUGGACAGGGGUUUUAUACGAAGGAUGGAGUCUGCAGCGUUUGCGGCCGGUUCUGCAAAACGUGCUAUUCAGACCAACCCAGGUGUUUGACCUGUGCUUCAGAUAAGCUCUUACACGAUGGGAAGUGCAUGUCAGAGUGCCCGGAUGGAUACUUCCCAAGUAGCAGUGGAAGAUGCAGAGCUUGUCAUGAUUCAUGCUCCACAUGUGAAGGACCUCUGGCCACUCACUGCACCUCCUGUUCCUUUCCUCUGGCAUUGCACCGGGGCCAGUGCCUGCAGGGCUGUGGAGAGGGUUUUUACCAGGAUUUCAACGUCUGCAAGGGUUGCCAUCCAUCCUGCCGUGCCUGCAUCGGCCCGGAGGCCUCUCAUUGCCUGCAGUGCAGGGCACCAGAGGAUGCACUGCAGCCUCACCAGCCCAUGGAAGGACCUGUACAUGGCCUUUGCCUCUCCCACUGCCAAGCCCAGUUCUACAUGGAUAGCACAGGAGUCUGCAAAGAAUGCCACUCCUCCUGUGCAGGCUGUGUGGGGAACACUUCCCAGGACUGUACGGCUUGUCUGUCUUCCCACGUCCUGCUUGAAGGAAGAUGCCUCUCUGAGUGCCCGGAGGGGAUGUUCAGCCACAAAGAUCACUGCUACUCCUGUCAUCCAUCCUGCAAGACAUGCCGUGGCCCUUCAGAUUUGGAGUGCUUAACCUGCCAUCCCCACGCGACUCUAGCUAGUGGAAAGUGCAGGACUAGCUGCAAGGAAGAGCAGUAUCUCAACCUGGUGGGGUACUGUGUGGACUGCCACCCUUUGUGCCGUCAGUGUGUGGCCAACCUGCGGGACACCGGCAGCAUCUGUCUGAAGUGCCAGAACGCCCGUCACUUGCUCCUGGGGGAUCACUGCAUUCCUGACUGUCCGGUGGGAUACUAUGCGGAGAAUGGUGCUUGCAAAAGGUGUCACCGCUCAUGUAAAACCUGCACUGGCAGGGGUCCUUUUUCCUGCUCUUCCUGCAACACCAGCCUGGUUCUCUCCCACACCAGCAUGUGUGUGCCGAUUUGUGCCCCGGGAUACUACAGGGAUGACAGGCAGACCUGCAAACCUUGCAACAGCCAGUGCCUGAGCUGUGAAUCAGCCGCGGGCUGUACAUCUUGCAGAGAUCCAGCCAAGGUCCUGCUGUUUGGAGAAUGCCAGUACGAGAGCUGCGCUCCACAGUAUUACCUGGAUAUUGCCAGCAGGACAUGCAGAGAGUGUGACUGGAGCUGUAACGCUUGUAAAGGUUCCCAGCGGACUGACUGCCUGCAGUGUAUGGAGGGCUACAUUCUCCAUGAAGGAGCUUGUGUGGAACAGUGCCCUGCGGCUUUCUACAAGGAAUCAGACACAUGCCAGAGGUGUGAUGAACACUGCCUUCAGUGUCGCCAGCCAGAUGAGUGCAGCCUUUGCGAAGCCCCGUUUUAUCUCUUGGACGCUCGCUGCGUUCACAAAUGUGGGAAGUGGUAUUAUGCAGACCGCACACAUCGAAAGUGCAGAGCUUGUCCUCCCGGAUGCUUGGAGUGUGACAGCGACAGCCUGUGUCACCUCUGCGAUAGCACCAUGUUUCUGAAGAAUAAAGUUUGUGUUUCUGCCUGUGGCCAGGGUUUCUAUGGCAAUAUGCGGACCAGAGAGUGUGAAGAAGCCAGCAAGUAUUCCACGAGCUUCCAUGUGAACAGUACCCUCACAGUAGGAAUUGGAGGGGUGAAGCCCCUAGACCUCUCCUUACUGGGUGUGUGUGAUCUGGAUGGUGACACGGGACAGCUCUUUUUCCAUAUCGACAGCACUCCCUCCAACGGCAGGCUAGUGAUGGUGAGAAACGGGAAGGAGGUGCAGCUGAGCAAAGGUGACCGCUUCAGCUGCAAGGAUGUGAAGGAGAAGAGGGUUCGUUUUGUGCACAGCGAAGAGAAAUCCAGGAAAGGGCAGUUUUCCUUGAAGAUGAGUGAUCAACAUUUCUUCUCCCAUCCCGAGGUGGUCAACAUUCAAGCAUUUUCAACACAGGCCCCAUAUGUGUUCAGAAACGAGGCCCUCCUUGUCCGCAGAGGGAAAAUUGGAACUAUAACAGAACUGUUGCUUAGUGUGAGAGACAGUGACAAUCCUCAGGACGUUGUACUGAUGGUUUUAGAGCCUCCACGUCAUGGGCGGCUUAUCAGACCUCCUGGAGACUCAGCUUCUGCAGUCCACAUGUUCCACCUGGAUGACCUUGCCAGCGGACUGCUGCAUUACGCUCAUGAUGGCUCUGACACCCGGGAUGAUGCAGUUCUUCUGCAAGUGAACGAUGGGUACCACUUCCAGAACCUUCUGUUCCACAUUAAGAUUGUUCCCAAGAAUGACAGGACCCCUCAGCUGGUGACAAAUUCCCUGGUCUGGGUGCCCCAGGGAGGCAUGCUACAGAUCUCCAAGACAGUUCUUCAUGCCGAGCUGCCCAGUGCCCGUGACUCUGAGAUAACCUACACCAUCGUCAAGGACCAGCCAAGACAUGGUGAAGUCGUGCUUCUGGUCCCAAUGCCGGCAGACGGCCCAGCAGACUCGUGGCAGCUUUUGCCUGAUGGAAGAGCAGCCUCACCUACAACCUCUUUUACCCAGCAGGACAUCAACGAAGGCAUUGUGUGGUACAGGCACUCUGGCUCUGAAGUAGAGAGUGACUCCUUCCAAUUCCAGGUGUCCAGCUCUGCCAGUCCACAAGCCAGCUUGGAAAGCCACGUGUUCAACGUUGCCGUUCUCCCACAGACUCCCAGAGCACCUCAGCUUUCCCUCGGCUCCUCCUUGCACAUGGCU